UGUCAUUGUCUCCCCGCUCACAGCAGCGCACGGACCCCUCCGCUGUGCAGGACUGACAGCAAUGGGAGCCGCAGCCGCAGCUUCCUAGGGGAGCCGGUUCUAAGCUCUCUCUCCCCGCUGACAGCCUGUCAGACACGCUCCCGGACCGGCACGCGCAUACAGAGCUCAUCAGCGGCAAGGGUGGCUGCAGGAAGAAGGGCUCGUCCGGCGUUCCGGAAUGUGUUCCGGUGGGGCUUUCAUCGAAUCCCGGAUCUAUUUCUCACCACGCUGAGCGUCGGUCAUGUGACUUUAUGCUAACUGAAAGCCUCGGCCCCGCCCACGGAAGGGAGUGUGUCUGUGUGACAGGGGGAAAACCAAAACAAACUGGAGUAACGCUGUACGGGAGACUGGAGCUGCCAGGGGCGUAGAGGGGACCGGAUUGGAAAUGGAUCCUGACAAUCUGUGCCUUCAUUCCCUGACGCUAGAUCCCAAUCAGCUGAACUUUCGAUUGCAAGUUGUUACAUGGAAUGUGGGAACUGCGCCCCCGCCUAGAGAUCUCAGCUCCUUAUUGCUGCUUGACUCAUCAGGAUCAGAUAUUGAUAUGUACAUUAUUGGGUUGCAGGAAGUGAAUUCUAAGAUAAUAAACUUUCUCUCUGAUUUGGCCUUUGAUGACCCAUGGAGCUUGUUUCUUAUGGACAUUUUGGCUCCUCAUGGCUAUAUCAAGCUUUCAUCAAUACGAAUGCAAGGACUCCUCCUAUUAACUUUUAUAAAGCACAAGCAUAUUCCCUUCAUACAGGACAUUCGUACCAACUACAUCCGCACUGGACUCUACGGCUACUGGGGCAACAAAGGAGGGGUGACGCUGCGCAUGUCUGUAUACGGACACAUGCUGUGCUUCAUGAACUGCCACUUGCCUGCGCACAUGGAGAACACCGACCAGAGGCUGGAUGACUUUGAGAGGAUGCUGGAGGCACAGCAGUUUGAUGGGGAAAGUGUGGGUAGCAUUUUGGACCAUGAUCUCGUGUUCUGGUUUGGGGACCUGAACUUUCGGAUUUCAGACUUUGGGAUCCACUUCAUAAGAGAGGUUGUAAAUAGCAACAGGUAUAAUCUGCUCUGGGAAAAGGACCAGUUAAAUAUGGCCAAGAAGAAAGAACGGUUUCUCCAAGGAUUUGUGGAGGGGCCUUUGAAGUUUAAACCUACAUACAAGUUUGACCUUAACUCGGAUGUUUAUGAUACAAGAUGGAAGAAGUCACUAUUGGGAUUUAAUGGGAAAAAGCGCAAACCUGCCUGGACUGAUCGCAUUCUUUGGAAACUGAAGGAGAUUUCACCAAAUGAAUAUGAAGAUUCCAUUGGAUCAGAUUUUGAGCAUAUCUUAAAAGUUAAUUUAGAUAAAUACACAAGUCACAUGAGUUAUGGAAUUAGUGACCACAAACCAGUAACCGGGACCUUCACUUUACAGAUGAAGCCUCUUAUCCUAGAGCCUUCAGUUACCCUGAGAGCGGAGGGAGAAUGGAACGCUGACCGUGACUCUCUCAUCAGCUAUUCUGUCUCGAAGGAUUUCCCCAGCAGCACCUGGGACUGGAUUGGGGUCUACAGGGUUGGCUUCAGACAUGCAAACGAUUAUGUUACCUAUGCCUGGGUAAAAGAUGAUGAGAUUUCCUUCAGUAAAGACUGUAACCAGGUUUACAUUAGCGCAGAUGAGAUUCCACUUGACGGAGGUGAAUUUCUGUUGUGCUAUUUUUGCCACAAUUUGCAGUUCUUGGCUGGCAUCAGUGAUCCCUUCCAGAUACAGCCAGGCCGGACCUUACCAGCCAAAGACGGCAUACAAGAAAAGAAUGAUGAAUCUGCCAAGUCUGAUAUGUUCAUGGGAGCUGGCUUCUAGAACUCUGGUGGCGUGAUAAGACAACCUGUCAGUCAUCCUUUCUAUGACAUGUCCUGCUGUGUUGGAGAAUGUGCAGUGCAGAAACAGAAUGUACUUAAUUGUGCUGCUCCUCAUCUAGAAUAUCUGUUUACUCCAUCAAUGGAAAUGACACUGGUUAAAGCUAUGGCCUAUAUUACAGAUACUUGUUUUAGAUUA